UGGUUCGCCAACGGGACGAGGAGUCAGCAUCAGCAACAUCUGUCUCCGAAAUUGGAAAAAAAAAGCAUCUGUUAGAGCGUCUGUGGAGGAGGAGAGUUAAUGCUUUGGAGCAUCUGGGUAACAGCUAGGAGUUACUUCUUGUUUAUUAAGCUUCCUCCAAGAGUUGAGGACGAACAAAUAAAGAGAGCAGACGGUCGAGAGAGAAAAGUUGUUUUUAAAAGAAAAGAAGAAGCAGCAUAAGGACGACAGCGAGGGCAAAGGAGCGGAGAGAGGAGAGGUGACCUGGCUGAAGCGAUAUGUUUGGUAUGAUCAAGAAUUCGCUCUUCGGAAACACCGAGGAGACCGAAUACAAAUUGCUCAGCAGUGAGACGAAGGAUGGCGUCAGCUUUGAGGUGCGGCGGUACGAUGGUGCCAGAUAUGCUGUUGUCUCCUCUGAGGGACGAACCUUCGACCAAGUGACAGGCGAGCUGGUGAGGAAGCUGCUCAUGUACAUCGGCGGGAGCAAUGAACAAGGUGAGGCCAUGGGCACAGCAGCACCCAUUAUCAUCACAGUGUACCCACGGAAUGACGGGGUUCUGUCUCGCCGUUUGAUAGUCGCCAUCCGCAUCCCCACCAGCUACCAGCAAAGCCCCCCGACUCCCACCGACACUGCCAUCAAGAUUGAGGAGCGGCCUGGCAUGACUGUCUAUGCUCUGCAGUUUGGAGGCUUCGCAGGGGAGAGUGAGUACCGGGCAGAGGCCUUGCGUCUGACGCGCACCCUGGGUGAGACAGCACCCUUUCAGCGCAAACAAUAUUUCUGCUGUAGCUAUGACCCACCGCUCAAGCCUUAUGGACGCCGCAACGAGGUGUGGUUUCUACAGGAAGAGCCCUAGGAGCCAUUCGAUCAGAUCGAAGUUAAACCGCAAACUGAAUUCUUUAUUCAACCUGAAUAACCUUCUCACUAUUGACAAUCCCGUAGUUCUAACAAUAUUUGAUUGGUAAGAGCAAUAUAGUGAUUUGACUGAAUGCAAAUGGACAAAUAGAGAUUACUCACGU